UUCAUGUUACUCUUUCGUCGAUCACCUACAGUGAUCCCUUACCAUUUAUUCCAAAGAUCAUAUGCUUCUUCAACACGGAUACCCAAUGUUAUGACGGAUUUGACGAAUCGUGGCCUAAUCGCCAAUACGACCAGUCCUGAUCUUGUUGAACAUACCAACACUCCUACAGCGAUUUAUUGUGGUGUAGAUCCUACGGCUAGUUCACUUCACUUGGGUAAUCUAUUGACAUUGAUGGGACUUUUUCAUUUUCAUAUCCGUGGUCAUCAAACAAUAGCUUUGGUGGGUGGAGCUACAGGUAGUAUUGGGGAUCCUUCAGGUCGAAAUUCAGAACGAUUACCAUUGGAACGUGAAGUAUUGGAUAAAAAUGUGGCAGGGAUUGAUCAACAAAUACAUCGAUUUUUCCAUCAUGGGGCUCUGUAUGCACAAAGAAGAGGAUAUGAUCAUGUUCAACUGAAACCCAAAGUGCUCAACAAUUACACUUGGUUUAGUAACAUGACGGCAUUGGAUUUCUUGGGAUCAGUGGGUCGUUAUGCUCGUAUCAAUACCAUGUUGGCCAAGGAAAGUGUACGGUCUCGCUUGGAAAGUACCCAAGGUAUUAGCUUUACGGAAUUCUCUUAUCAAUUACUUCAAGCUUAUGAUUUUUGGUACUUGUAUAACCAUCAUGGUUGUCGCAUUCAGUUGGGUGGUAGUGAUCAAUGGGGCAAUAUUACAGCCGGUAUUGAUAUGAUUGGUAAACGUAAUCCUAUGGAUCAAGAAUCUCCAAAAGCAUAUGGCAUCACUAUUCCUUUAUUAUUGACUUCAACUGGUGAAAAGUUUGGGAAAUCAGCUGGCAAUGCUGUAUGGUUGGAUAAGUCCAUGACAAGUGUAUUUGAUUUUUAUCAGUUUUUUAUGAAGACGACAGAUCAUGAUGUUGGCAAAUAUUUAUCCAUGUUUACCCUUUUCAAUGACGGCGAAAUUCAAGACUUGUUGCAACAACAUAAGAAAAAUCCGGAAUUACGUUUGGCACAAGAAUCAUUGGCAUCAGAAGUGACUGAAUUAGUACAUGGAUUGGAUGCUGUUCAACAGGCCAAGGUAGCUACUAAGGUUCUUUUUGGACAAGAUCUUAGUAAUGUAUCAGGACAAGAUAUUCUCAAUGCAUUCGAACAUGAUCAUAGUCGAUUUGCCAGUUUAGAACAGGAUAAAGUGGUUGGUGUUGGUAUUGAUCAAUUGGCUACGAUGAUCAAGGCAACCAAAUCAAAAUCUGAAGCUCAGAAACUCAUCAAAGCAGGUGGCAUGUAUAUCAAUAAUGUGCGAGUCAUGGAUUCAAGACAAAAAAUCUCUUCUGGUGAUCUGAUCGAUAAUACUAUUUGUUUAUUACGUGUGGGCAAAUCAUCUUAUCAUAUAGUCCAUGUUAGAUCCUCCAAAUCCCCUUAGAUAGAUAUCAUAAUAAAAACC